AUUUCUUGGAUUUUUCCUCCGGGUCAUUCACAGGAGAAAUAGACUUUCGAAUCAGCUGCAGGCGACGGUAGUCACCGCAACCUAGAUUUUGUGAUUGCUGAAGAGGAAGAAGCGAUCCUUCGCCGCCGAACGAUGGAAUCCACGGCGAGGAGUGGUGGGCGCGGUCUCUGGGAAUCUCUGUACCGUGUGCUCAUGCGCCGGAACUCCGUCUACGUCACCUUCGUUGUCGCCGGAGCUUUCGCGGGAGAACGGAUUGUAGACUAUGGUGUCCACAAGCUUUGGGAGUACAAUAAUGUUGGGAAGAGGUACGAGGACAUUCCAGGCUUGGGGCAACGGCAAUCUGAAGAAUGAUUCAUUUACUAAGUAUGUGGUAUCGUAUACUUCGGGAUUCAAUGUUAAAUGAACUUUCUUUUGAAUAACUUUUUGUCUGCCAGCAAA